AUGCUUUCCAUUGUAAAUGAGAUCUUCACAAAUACUUACUCGGCAUUGACAGUUACUCACGAGCAACGCUAUGUUCAUGAUGCAUUACAAGCAAUUGAUAAUACAGAUAGAUUUGCAUUACUCAGUGGCCGUACACGUACUCUGGGUGAAAAUAAUUAUGGUGCCAUACACGACGUCCACACAUUUGUCGUAGCUCGCGAGCAUCAUACGAUCAUGAUUAAAGAAUGGAAACGUGAUAUUGACGCCCGACGAGAUGAAACAAGAAACUAUUUAAUUUUAGGCGAAGAUACUCUGGAAGUACGAGAUGAUGAAACACAGAUUGAAAUCGUAGGUAAUGAAAUUCCAACAAGCCCAAUUAAAACGAAAGUUGCAACAGUCCCGGCUGUGACUGCAACCAAUGCGAUUUUAUGUCCCAUAAAACAGGAUAGCGUCAAACGAUUUACGUUAAAUAUAGAGCAAAAAUAUGCUUUUAUGAUUGUUACUAGUCACUUAGAUGGUGGACAUUAUGCUUAUAUCGGUACUAUCGAUAAUCAGUUAUUGAUGUGUAUACCUGACUGUGGUGGCACUGGAAAAUCUCAAUUGAUUCGUGCAAUCACCAAGUAUUUCCAACAAACAAAACGGGACAAGAUGUUGCGUAAACUGGCACCAACGUCUAUAGCAGCAGCUGAGAUUGACGGAUUAACUAUCCGUUCAUUUUUAGGUGAAAGUCGCAAAAACACUAAAAAGAAACAAACCCGUACAUUUAGACCUGGUGAUAUGAAAUUAGAAAAUGAAUGGCGUCACGUGAAGUACUUGAUAAUCGAUGAGAUGAGCAUGUUAAGACUUUAG